CUUUUACAUCGUGUACAUCGUAUUUUUUAUACGUACUUUUUGUUUUGAAAUUUGAGUUUGAGAAUAGAAAAGUUUUAAGUAAACCAAACGAAAAAAAAUGAGGCACAUAUCUUUCGGAUAAAUGAAUAAAUUGGAAAAAUAUAUGUAUCUGUAGCGGUGAGAAGAAUAACUCUGCUCAAUAUUGUCCCAGUUGGAACGUUCAGAAGGAUCUCACAAGGAACACUGAUUGUAUACGUUGCAAAACAGGAUAUCAAUAAAAUAAUUUGGUUAGCUCAUGGUUUUAUUCGGGAACCAAAUAAAGAGUACUAAUCAUGAUUGAUGAAAAGAACUUGGAAGACUUCCCAAAAUCGACAACUUUACAAAAUACCAAUGUCGGCGAGGAAAAAUUGUUCUUCAAGUUGGACGUAAAUCUGAAUGGAAAUGACGUGAAAGACAUAACAACGUCCAAUAAUCUUUACUACGAUCCACAAGGAAUGAGACCUAAGAGUAUAAUUUGCUCAGAAGUCAUAUCAAAAACUAGACUCACGACUCGAGAAGUAAAUUUUCAAAAUUCUACCGUGAGAUCGCCAGUCGAAAGCGAUGAGGAUUUUGUUGAAAAAUUGAAAAAACGAAUACACGGAGAUCGCAAAAAAUUCGAAACGUCCAAAUCCGAGAUCUUUUUACCAAAACGAGGUUCGAUAAUCAAAAAACGACGCGAUGUUUUCAACAACGAGAGUCUCCAUUUGAUAAAAAAAUUUCGUCACGAAGUUCUGACACGAACUGAUCGAUUGUCCAAGGAUCAUGGAAUAUUUUCAAUGACAAGGAAAGGCAUUGAAAAUGAAGAAAAUUUUAAUGGGACUAAUCCACUAGAAAAUGAGCCAGAGCAUUAGGAAUAAUAAAAAAACAGAGGUGAUUUUCAAUCACCUCUGGAUCUGGAUUCUGAGGGAAUUAAUAAUAAUAGAAACACUCGAUGGUGUGUCUACAUUUCUGCUCACUUUUGGUAUAAAAUCUUUAUUAUUUGAGAAGAAUUUACAUUCUUGACCACAGAUCAACAUUAAUUAAGAUUGGCCUAACUUGAAAAAAUUUCUAUUUUUGAAGGAAAGAUUCAUAUUUUUCGUUUAAUAAAAAUAGGAUGAUAGAAAAUUUUGUGACCUGAUUAUUGCGAAUUAAUAAAUUUGAAAAAGUCUAUA